GGCAACCUGACACUUUUCGCGGCAACGCGUACCGCGCGCACGACUCGCACGAUUUCAGGCAGUUUCAGGUUCAGAUGCCUGCGGAUGCCUUGAUAGACGCUUGAAUUAAACGAAGAGAGAGUGUUAAGAAUAGGCAAGAGAUUCAAGUUAGACGUAGAAACUCAGACGAUAAGGUCACAAUGAGUAAAAUAAAGGAAUCUCCUCCAACUGACAACGAGACGGAAGAGGAAUUCAGCGUUGAAAAAGUUCUGGACAGAAGAGUCGUAAAGGGAAAAGUCGAAUACUUCCUGAAAUGGAAAGGCUAUUCAAACGAUGAAAAUACAUGGGAGCCAGAAGAAAACCUAGAUUGUCCAGAUCUGAUCGCCCAGUUUGAAGAACAGCGCAAGAAGAAAGAAGCAGCUGCUUCUGGAAAACGACAUGAAGAGAAGGAGCAGAAAAAAAGAAAGAGCAAUAAUACUCCGACGCCCACUCAAGUUAAGAAAAAGACAGCAGUGGAAGAAAAGAAGCUGGAAGGUAAAGGAUUCGAUAGAAAUCUGGAACCCGAACGUAUUAUUGGCGCCACAGAUUCCAGCGGCGAGCUGAUGUUUUUAAUGAAGUGGAAGGGGACGGAUGAUGCAGACCUGGUACCCGCGCGCAUCGCUAACGAGAAAUGCCCUCAGAUUGUAAUCAAAUUUUACGAAGAACGACUCACGUGGCACAGCCCAGCUCACGAUGAGGACUCGACGAAACCUGACCUAGAGUAGCAUAUAACGUUCCUUCAUGAUUUAUUUUUAUCAUCGCAAAGUAUUCCACUGUAACAAUUAUCUUAUUAAUUACGAGUUUUCUAACUUUUGUAGGUAAGAAAUAAAUAUAUAAAACAUUUUUCGAACCUCA